CAGGUUUCACAGAUACGAAUAAUCUUCAUCAGCGCAAGGAUCAUCAAGGAUAUGAACACUGCUGUUUUGAUCUAGAUGGAUGGAAAGGUUGACAGCCCAGACAAGAAACUCCUUUGGUUUUCAAGAUGGCAGCAACAAGCGGCGAGAGCCAGUUGCAGCGGAUUAUCAGGGACCUGCAAGAUGCUGUGACUGAAUUAAGCAAAGAAUUUAAAGAGGGAGGGGAACCAAUCACAGAUGACAGCGUCAGCUUGCAAAAAUUCUCCUACAAGCUUGAGUACCUUCUCCAGUUUGAUCAGAAAGAAAAAAACACACUGCUGGGAAAUAGAAAAGACUACUGGGAUUAUUUCUGUGACUGUCUGGCAAAGGUCAAGGGAGCUAAUGAUGGAAUCCGCUUUGUUAAGUCUAUUACAGAACUACGAACAUCUCUUGGAAAAGGAAGAGCCUUUCUUCGUUACUCUUUGGUUCACCAAAGACUAGCAGAUACCUUGCAGCAAUGUUUUAUGAACACCAAAGUGACCAGUGACUGGUACUAUGCAAGAAGUCCAUUUCUGAAUUCCAAAAUGAGUUCUGACAUUGUGGGUCAACUCUAUGAGCUUACUGAUGUUCAGUUUGACCUGGCAUCAAGAGGCUACGAUUUAGAUGCUGCAUGGCCAACAUUUGCCAGGAGAACAUUGUCCUCCCUUGGAUCUUCAGCAUAUUUAUGGAAACCCCCAAGUCGCAGUUCCAGCAUGAGUAGUUUAGUGAGCAACUAUUUACAGGCCCAAGAGUUUCCCUCCAGCCCUGAUGCAAAUAACUCACUGAAUGUUGAACACCUUGAGGGCUUUGAAGAGAUGCGUGUAGAGCUUGAUCAGGCUGAGCUGAGACAGAGAGAACUUCAGGAUCGAGUUCACCAGCUACAGAUGGAAAACCAGGAGCUCCAGGCAGCCAUCAACCUGCAAAAAGAACAAGUACAGGUAGAAAAGGAGAAGAGCAGUAACUACAGCGAGGAGAACUCACGGCUGACAAAGAUGAUCGCAGAGCUGCAGAAGCAGUGUGAGGUCUCCCAUUCCACUCAGAGCACUGUUCACGAUCUGCAGAAGUGCCUGCAGUCACUGGAGCUGAAUGCAGUGGAGCAGCAGAAGGAAUACUCAACAAAGCUGGAGCAGCUGGAGAGCAGCAAGGAGAACUGUGCCUCAAAGUUGCAGCUCUUGAAUCAGGAGCUGGAGGCCUCCAGGGUUUUGAUCACUAUGAAGGAUCUUUGCAUUGAUGAACUCAAGGACAAGCUGAGUUCAACAGAACAGAAGAACAUGGAGCUCCUGGCAAAAGUUGAUGCCGCCUUGGAGGAAAAAGCCACAGCCCACUGUGAUUCUGCCGUACAGAUACAAGGAUUGUUGGAUAAGCUUCAGGAGAAAGAAAAGGAAAAGGCAGAAAUGCAAAGACUCAGUGAUGAACAUGCAUCUCAGCUUAAAGCAGCAAGGGAGGAGCUGCGGUUGAAAGAAGAGAUGCAGAAGGAACUGGAAUCCAGAUACAAUCACCUUACCACUAACUCUAGGGAAGAGAGCGAAAAGCUGCUUGGGAGCCUGGAAACCAUGGCAAAGGAAAUGGAAUCUCUUCAGAAGGCCCUGACCUUGAAGGGGAAGGAGGUGGCUGAGCUCCAGACCCAGGUAAUGGGGUUGCUGGCUCAGGUAGGGUCACUGGAAAAAAGUCUUGAGGAGGCAAGGAAAGAAAAAGAGGAACUUGAGGAGGAGCGUAAUAGGAGGGAAGGAGCAUUGAAGAAGGACAUCCAGUCUCUGGCAGAGCAACUUGAACUACAGGAAGGUCACUUAACAAAGGUGAGUCACACUGUGCAUAGCCUUGAGGAACAAAACCAGAAAAUCUCGUCUGAAAAGGAGCACCUCAGCCAGAAAGUCAAGCAGCUGGAGGAGCAGAUGGAGCAGCAAAACUCUGCAGUAAGUGAAAAGGAUGAGGAGAGCCGUAAACUAAAAUCAGAGAAUAAAGAUUUACAGCAGGACAAGAAGAAGAUGGAAGAGAAGCUGAAAAAUGUGGAAGAGUCUAACGCCUCCCUGGAAGCUGAGGUGGCCAGGCUGAGAGCCUCUGAGAAACAGCUUCAGAGUGAGAUAGAUGAUGCCUUGGUAUCAGUUGAUGAAAAAGAGAAGAAGCUCCGGGAGCAGAACAAACAGCUGGAUGAAGACCUGCAGAAUGCCAGGAGGCAAAGCCAAAUUCUGGAGGAGAGGUUAGGUGCUCUACACUCUGACUACAAAGACAUGAAGCAAAGAGAAGAGGCAACCAAGGAGUCUUGUGCUCUUCUUGAAGGACAGGUGAAGCGUGCCAAACAGUAUAACUUAGAAAUGGAAAAGAGCUUGAGCUCCUUAAAGGAAGGCGAAGAGUCUCUCCAGUCACAGCUCGCUGAGAAGGAGGCAAAAAUGCAAAGCAUGGAGAUCCAGUGUGAGCAGUUGAGAGCAGAAGCUGAAAAUCACAGGAAGAAAGCAGAGCUUCUUGAGAUGGAAAAGCUUAGCAUUGAAAAGACAUGUCUGCACCAGACAGAGCUGAUUGAAUCCCUCACAGCAGAGAAGAAAUCAGUGGAAAAACACCAACUACAGCAGACAGCCUCUCUGGAGAAAGAAGCAAAGGAGCUGGCCUCCAGGCUGAUCGUGAGUGAAGAGCAGCUGCAGGUCAACCGAGGUGAAGUGUCUAGGCUGCAAGCAGAGGUCCUGGACCUGCGAGUCAAGCUUCAGGAGACCACUGCCGAGAGAGAGCAGAUGAGAGGCGAGCUGGCAGUCACAGGGACUGUCUUGGAGGAACAGAAGGUGCUUGUUCAACAACUGAAAGAGGAAAGUGAGUCACUUAACAGAAACCAUGUGCAAGAAUUGGUGCAGUGUAAAGAGAGAGAAGAAGUACUAAAAAAAGAGCAGGAGAGGGUAGCCCAGCAAAAAGCUGAGCUGGAAGAUAAUUUGCUGAACCUGAAGGAAGAGCUGUCCAAUGUUAAGCAGUACUUGGAAGUUGUUAAAAUGGAAAACGAAGAAAACAAAGAUCUGCUCCACAGGACCAACACUGAUAUGGCUGAACUCGGUAUUCAAAUUUGUGCUGUGACCUCUGAAAAGGUGAAUACAGAAGAGAAGUUAGUUGAGGCUACGGAGAGGCUCAAAGAACUAGAAGAACAGACUACAGAGGAACAGGAGAGGCUGAAGCUUGACAUCUCCACUCUCAGGCAGGAGAACAAGAGCCUGCAAGAGAAAUUGGAGGAAGCUCAAAAAUGUGCCGCAGCUGUCCCGAGUCUGCAAAUGCAGCUGGAGACAGCAAAGAAACAGGCACAGAGCUUCCAAGAGACCAGCCAAGAAGAGCUGUCCGCAGUAAAAUUUCAAAUGAGCACAGAGAUUCUAAAUUAUGAGACAAAAUACAAGGCUGUCAGCGAGGAGUGUGUGAAAGUGGAAGAGCAACUGGAGGAGCAGAAGCGACGGCGGUGUGCAGCAGAGGAGGAGAUUGCAGAGCUACAAGCUGCAAACACAAGUUUGUCUAGCAAGCUGGAUGAGGCAAGAGAGCAGCUGGCUGAAUCUGAAUCUGCUCGGCUGCAGAAGGAAGAGGAGGUGAUAUCUCUGAAAGGACUUUUAGAAAGGACCCAAAAGGAAGCCGAUGAAGCAAAAGAGCAAGCACUUGAAUACAGCGAGAAGCUCAGCAAGGUGGUAGCAGACAAAGAUAGCAGCGACCAGAAGUUGUUUGCCGAGCUGGAUGACCUGACGAGAACAAAACAGUUCCUUGAAGAACGUUUGAUAGAACUUAUCAGAGAUAAAGAUGCCCUGUGGCAAAAAUCAGAUGCUCUUGAGUUCCAGCAGAAGCUUAGUGCAGAGCAGAAAUGGCAGGGGGACGUGGAUGUUAACCACUGCCUGGACUGCCAGAGAGAGUUUUCAUGGAUGGUGCGCCGACAUCACUGCAGAAUGUGUGGUCGCAUUUUCUGCUAUUACUGCUGUAACAACUACAUGGUGACAAAGCCUGGUGGGAAGAAGGAGCGUUGCUGCAAGGCUUGCUUCAGUAAGCCCAGAGUGUUUGUGGACUAUACAGAUGACUCUGGGUCCAGUGCAAACCAGGAAGGAUCACCAGCUUCUUUGGAAUCACCGGUGUCACCUAUGGAGGCAGCUUUUGUCACAAGUGAAGCCUCUAAACCACCAGAUGAUGCAGCAUUUGAUAUAAUCACCGAUGAGGAGUUGUGCCAAGUACAAGAAUCAGACUUGGUCCACAGUGAAAGUCAGAUGGAAGGAGAAUCUCUGGAUCAAAGUGUGACAGAUCUGAACAGCACGUGUAAUUCUUCAACAUUUGAUGAAUCAGAAGAGUGGCAAGUUGCUCAAGAUGCCGAGAUAUGCUUGUUGAAGUCAGGAGAGAUCAUGAUAAAGUUACCCCUUACAGUGGAAGACAUCCUAAAUUUUGGGGAAGGCAACAGAGAGCUGUUCAUUAAAUCCAGCACUUACAGCAUCAUUCCCAUCACUGUGACAGAGACAGGCCUGACAAUUAGCUGGAUAUUUUCAUCAGACCCGAAAAGCGUAUCCUUCAGCGUGGUUUACCAAGAAUCGGAAGAAGCGCCCCUGGAUCAGUGCAAAGUUCUUAUUCCUAUGACACGCUGCAACUCACAUAAGGAAACUAUCAGAGGCCAGGUGAAAGUCAGAAAUUCUGGUAUCUACAUGCUAAUCUUUGACAACACAUUUUCUAGAUUUAUCUCAAAAAGAGUAUUUUAUCACUUGACUGUCGAGCGACCUGUCAUCUAUGAUGGAAGUGAUUUUCCAUAGCCUUGAAAAUACUGUGUUAUUUUUAACUAUAUUUUUAAGAAAUGCUAUUAUUUAUGUAUAUGCAAGCAAUAUGACUACCACUGUUUGAACACUUUGAAACUAUGCAAUAGUUAUAACGCACUUAGAGAUCAUGUACACACUAGGAAAAAGAAGCUGUUUUAGGAACACUAAUGUUCUGUACUGUGUACAGAUUGCUCAAAAGCCAUGUUGCUUGAUUUAACAGGUCAAGUAAUGUUUCAAUUUGAUUUUUCUUCAGGGGGGAGAAAAAUAAAGGAGGAGCUCUCUAAGUGAAAACCCA